GCGAGGCUGUGACGCAGCACGUCCGCCGGGCGUCCUCUUGGCCGGCGGUCACCGGCUGGCCGCCCUCUGCAGCGGCGUCGAGUCCUCCUCGGAGCCUUGGCGAUGGAGUACAUGGACCGCUCGGCGCGCUUCUUGCGCCCUUACCUGGUGCGCGACGCGGCGCGGAGGACGAUGCCUUUGGGGCUGUUGGGCCUCAUGCUGGGCGGCUGCGUCAUCAAGGAGUGGGCGCCGCUGCCAGAGACCUACAUGAGCAACAAGCGCAACCUGCUUAACAUGUAUUUUGUUAAAGUUGCCUGGGCCUGGACCCUUUGUCUGCUGCUGCCUUUUAUCGGCAUCACUACCUACCACGUCACCCGGAGCGUUGCGGUGGUGGUUCGACGUCUCAGUGCUUUGCUGGUUGGCACUGCCAUUUGGUAUUCAUGCACCGGGGUGUUCCUGUACAUUGAGGACCUGACAGGCAGCUGCUACAAAUCUGUGGCCCUUGAUGUACCACUGAAGGAACAUCCCAACAAACUACAGUGUCUAAAAGCUGGUGGCUUCUGGAAUGGCUUUGACAUCUCGGGACACUCCUUCCUUCUCUCAUACUGUGCCCUGAUUACUAUAGAGGAGAUGGCCGUGUUGCACAUUGUGAACAUCUCCCAGAACUCCAGAAUGCACACUGUGGUAAAUGGCUUUUUCCUGGCCCUGAGUUUCUUGACCAUGAUUUGGUUGUGGAUGUUUUUUACCACGGCUGUGUAUUUCCAUGACUUCUCCCAAAAGUUAUUUGGCACGUUGGCGGGUCUCUUGGCUUGGUAUGGAACAUACAGGUACUGGUACCUAACUCCUUUGUCUCCUGGACUUCCUCCGGAAAGAACUAGUUGGAGUUCCCGAAAGUCCAACCGUAGCCUAUAAAAAAAAGAGUGCCUAUGAGUCAGAUUUUGUUUUAAAGAAAAUUCUUUGCUUGAUAACUAAUUUUUAAAAUAAUUAUUUUCAGUAUAUUUAAAGGGAGGAGUUGAAGUCAAAAUAUUUUUUGAUUCUGUGUAGAGGUUUGGAUUUAUUUCCUCAUAAAAGAAGGCUGCUGUUGGAGUCCUACUAAUCAUAUGACAGUUAACCGUUUUCACUAAUUCAAUGACAGCGUUAGUGAUUGUGUUGGCAAUGAAGUCUAAAUUCCUUUAACUGGUGGGGCAGGGGAAUGCAUUCUCAAGGUUGGUUCGUUGGCUAUGGAAGAAGCUAACAUCUUACACUACACAAAAAAAUAGAACUUGUUAGAAAAAUAUUAACAAACAGCAAGGGAGAAACCAUUGUUGGUUUGGGCAGAUUACUGGCUAAUGGAGCUCCCUGGACCUGUCCUGGUCAUGGCACACCACAAUUUUAUUUUUUAUCAUUGCUGUUAUGCCCCUAAGUCAAGGAUAGCUUGAUGCAGACAAAGCUUUCUGUUAGUAGCUCCCUGAACCAAUAUGUUAGGGUAAGGGAGGGUUCUCUGCUGAGUCAGUGAUAGUUUGAGCCACUUGUGGAUUAACAAUACAGAAAUGUGGCUAUAAAACAACUCUUAAUUCUGUGAAUAAGCAUCUGUUCCAGCUGUUAGAUGCCUUUAGUCUCCAGUUCUGCCGAUCCAUCCUUUCAGACUACAACAAAAUGCAUUUCCAGAUCAUUUUCUUUAGACAAAGCAGCUUGCAUAAUCCAACCUUUGUGUUGGUAUUUAUUUUUUCCAUGUAAUUAAAAGCCUUUGAGUAUCUUGACAUUUACUACAGUAGCAAUGUAAUAUCCUUGAUUAUUGCAACACACUUUAUAUUAGUAAAGCAGGGUGUUGGCUGCAAGAUUGCUGCACUCACAUUCUUCCCUCUUGCCUUAAUCUGUUUAAUGCUGUAAGAUGUCCACAGUCUGCAGCAGAAAGGCUGUUUGUUCUUUUAUGGGGACUAAUGUUCUUUUUAUAUUGAUACCAUCAGCCGUUUCUUGGCAUUGGGGAAAAUUUAUAAAUGAUCUUGUUUCAAAAGAAAUUUUGUAGGUGCUUUAUCUGUCCCCCACCCCUCAAUGACACUAACUUUAAAACACAAUCUACUUUUACAUAGUUUUACUACAUUGCUUGCUUCAGCUCUGUGACUUGGCUGUCUGCUUUGAAGAAGAAAUGCAAUUAUUUUUAAUUCUGUUUUUAAACAAACAAACAAACUUGCAUCUUAGCAAAUGGUACUGCUUUGUACGUUAAUACCCAGGGGUCUACCAUCCUUCUGGACCAAAGUCUGCAGUCCUGCAAUGGAAUUUUCAAGAAGUGGUUUGAAUCUUCAUAUUAAGUAUAUGAUGUUUAAGCUACUUAAGGUGGUAUACUUAACACUAACAGCUCAAUCCUAAACAAAUUUACUUACUUUGUAAGUACCUUCUUUUUCCACAGUACCCGCAAGAAUAAUUAGAUGGAAGUUACUCCAGAAAUAAUCCAGUGGUGCUUAUUUGGAUUUUUAGAUCCAAAAUCCCUUUAGCAGUUUCUGUGCAUGAAACUCCAGGAUGCUUUAAAAAAAUUCUUCCCAAGUUAAAACAUGUCUUCCAUGAAAGAACAUGUAGAAUGCAAAUGUUCAUCUCAUUGACUUCUGUGGGGUUGAGAUGAUUUUUGCAAAUAUAUCAAAUUUAAAUGACUUCCAAAUGGCAGAUUGGGGUUGAUACAUACCACAGUAUUCUCACGUAUAAAAACAGUUUGGUGCCUUCCUCAGCUGUUUGAAUAUCCGUCAAGAAUAACUUUAAUGAAUAACUGUAGCAAACAAUUAACAGUCAGCAGUUGGACUGAACUAAGAUAAAAUGACUACAAUUCCCCAAAAGAGAAUUGGGAGAUGGCUAUCUGAUGGCAUGUGUCAUUUAGAGGACAUGGAAGCAGCCUCACUUGAUUGUAUUUUUAAGUUGUCCUGUGGAUCCUUCUGGAUCAAACAUCAGAGUAUAAUUCAGAUAUUAAUAAAUGUGACUUUACGCACACAUGAAGAGCAAUUUCCAUGCCUGUGGGAGCCCUUUUUCCCUGCCAGUGUAAUCAUGGCAACCAUUAUUGCUAUAACCAGUUUAGCAGCCAAGUUCAUGCUGACUUUCCACUCAAGGAAAUUAGUCUCCUGAGGAUGGUUCAAGGCAGCUUGCGGGUGGCAGAAAAGUGCUAAGUGAGAACAGAUCCCAAGUAUUAUUUGUUUCUUUUGUUGGCAUCUUGUAAAAGUUCUAUAAGCUGUAAGAUUCGGUACAUUUAUUUUUUAUGUAAUAUUAAUGUUUUAGUGUUUUGCAUUUGUAUUAUUUUUUAAAAAGACAGCAUGCACUGAUAUAUUUCAUUGCUAUUAUUUAUGUGCAUGCAUUUAAUUUGUGUGCAUACUUUCUGCUGACUGCAUGUGCUAAACAUUGUAGGUUUGGUGGCUGAGUUUCAUUACACACAGCAUCAAUGUUGGUUGUCAGCAAAAACCCUCCUGUGGUUUAUGUUCUCUUUUGUCCUCCAUGGAGUAAUUAUUUGGAAUUCACAUUCACUUCAUAUCAUAUUUUCUUCUUGUCUACUCAGACAUGAAGGCCUGCUUCAAUAGCUAUUGACAAUGAGCAGAACUAUCUAGCAGCCUUCAUUAUUUAUCAUUAUCUUUAAUAAACUGCUAUCUCCACUAGCAUUAAGUAGAAGUGACUAACCUAUGGCCCCUGAGAUGAGUUGGACUCCAACUCCCAUCAUCCCUGAUAAUUGGCCUUGCUGGCUGAGGCUGAUGGAAGUUGGAGUCCAACAGUGAAGGGCAACAGGUUAGCCACCUCUUCAUUAAAGCAGCGUCUUCGUCAUACAUUAAAAAAUGUUUAUGUAGGAGGAUUUCAUUCCAUGUAAAGGAUCAGAAGCACUGGAACUAAAUAUUUUGCUGCAUUUCAACCAGCAGCUUGUGCCACAAACAGCUGCUUCUUGUCUUUUUACUGUCUUCAGUGGAGAGCAGGUUUGUGCUCCUGUUGACACUGACUCUCUAUAAAGCUCUGGGUAUCUCAUAAUUUAGGUUCUUUGGUGCAGAUUCAUGACUUGGAAGUAAACAAACAUACGGUACUUGCAUUCUGAGUUGUUGUGCCAAAGCACCUUUAAGCUGCCUUUUCUGAAUAUGACAUGAGUUGAGGCUGCAUGCAGCUUGUUUGCUUUUUAAAGCCUAUUGACAACUGCUGUUAUAUAGUUCUGAUCUGUGAAAACCAUUUAGAGGUUUUUCCAUUGAAUUCCUCAGGAGUGGGCUGCAUCCUAAUUUUGCAUGGCUCACAUUGACAAAUAUUUGCUGGUUUGGGAAUCUUACCUGGUUUAAUCAGCUGAAAUAUGAACCAGCCUUCAAACCAUGGCAUCAUAUCCUGGUUUGUUCCAAAGUGGUUAACCAUCGUUUCACUGUUAGAAUUACAUAAGAAAUUUAUUGUUAACUGAAGAUUUUGUGGCUUGUUUGCUCCCCUGAAAGGAAGAACAAAGGGGCUAUGCACACAUUUACAAUCCCCAUUCACAUGUCAGCGUAUUAAGCCAAAAUAACGAUUGGCCAAAUGCAGGCAUUGUAUGCCUAAAAUGUAAGUAAGGGGUGGGGAACUUGGGACCUUCCACAUGUUGGACUACCAGUUCUGUCAGCCUCAGCUAGCAUGGCCGAUGGUCAGGGAUGAUGGGAGUUGUAGUCCAGCCACAUCUGGAGGUCAGUUCCUUAUGCCUGAUGUAGAUCAUAUUGCUUUUUUAGCUUUUAACAACAUGCAUAAAAUAUUCUAAAUAAAAAAUGGUACUUAAAAAAUAACACUAUAUAUAAUAUAUAAAUGCGUUAUUGACAAUGUAUUAAGCAAGUGCCUAUUGCAAACCUUUAAAGGAAAAAAAUGGGUUUUGGAAAGGUCAUGCUUGCUUGUAUGUAGUCAUGAGUAGUAAUUACUUCUGAUUCUAACCACAAUUUGGGACUAGGCCCCAGUGAUGUAACUGGGAUUUACUUGCAAAUGUACACAUUCAAGAUUGCAUCAUUAAAAGAGCCAUGCCAUGAGGUAGGCAGGUCACGUGGUUAGUUUUUGGAGAGGAGCACUGGGGUUCAAAUAGUUUUUAAAAAUAAAAAGCUAUGGGGAAGUUAGAAUGAAUUACGUUGAGAUUAACUGCUUCUUUGAGCAAAAUGUAUGGAUUUAAAUUAUCCAGACAUUUUUUGAGAGUGCCCAGCUUUGGUCUAGUUUUAGUGAACAUUUGAACAGCUGCAUGAUGCUGAUUCAUCUGGGUGCAUUCAUGUGAAAAUUGCUCAUUUGGACAAAAUGCAGCAUCCCAAAAAACACUCCUGUGAAUUGUAACGAUUGUUGUACCCUCUGCAGAUAACUCUGCCUGGAUAGUUCAGAUGAACAAAACAUCUUCAUUUGUACGUGAGCCUGGGAGUUGCUUCCAGAGCCAUCCAUGCAUUGUAACCAUUAUACUGGAAGUAGUCUUCAGUUUCCUAUCUCAAAACAAUAGGACAGCAUGACAGACAGCUCUAUAUAAUAUAAAUUGAGGGUGGGGGAGCUGGUAUUCUUCAGGAAGAAGUCGUUCCAUUUAUACAUUAUUGCAGAAGACCUGGCAUGAGGAAGGAUGUGUGCACUUUUUUCUUGGUUUGCAGACAACCACCUGAUUUGUGAACACACCUAGUCUUGGUAUAUGGAGCUAUAGUAUUCAGUGGACUGGUGAAAUGCUGGAUGAUUGUUCUCUUGUGUCUUUGCUUGCAUUUGAGUCAGAUAAUUCCAGCUGGCUUAUACUAUGCAUUAUGCUAAUAACAAUCUCUGGAAUUCAAGGGCACUGAACCUUCUGCCCAAUGGUCUGUUUCUUUGUAGGAGGAGGGAUACUUAAUACAAUAUAAUUCUAACCACCGAAGUAUAAAUAAAUUCACCCCAGGAUCGGAAGGAUUUGACAUAUUUGGCAAAGCAAAAGGCUGGAUUUGAAAUGGAUUUUUGUUAAAGACCUUGUUGCCGAUACCUGGUUUUUUAUUCCUUUUAAAAGAACUGAUGUAUUUUGAAUGAAAUGAUGGAAACGGAGCAAGUGUAAUCGUGACAAUACUGGGCAAAAACAACAUUGUCUUGUCUCAAUAAAGUUAGUUCAAUGUAA